ACUUUUGCCACUGUGGAAUUUAGUUGGAGGAAUGUUAAUAUUAACUGACCCAGUUGAAGCAGUGAUCUCAUCAUUCCCUAAUGAAGCAGUGGAGGAGACAGCACACUAUGAAAAUAAACAGAACCAGGGAGAAAGACAGAAAAGAGGAGGAGUCUGUGUACCCACAGAGUCACUUACUGCCAGAUUUAUAGUCCGCUGGGGAAUCACUGCUUGGCUGUGUGUGUGUAUAUGUGUGAGUGUGUGUGUUGGGCUGGACAUACAAGAGGAAAAAGAGGAGAAACUGACAAGAGUGAGGAUUGUUCCUUAAGGGAUAUCCUGAACUUUCAACCAACAUGUCUCAACUAGGUGAAGGAGAAGAUGAACAACAGCAGCGUCCUGAAGUGAGAGAAGAGGACCUGGUGGAUGCAAAGAGCAAACUGGGUGCAAGUGAGAAACCGAAGAGCAAGACGUUACAAGUAAUGGAAGAGUGCGAGAAAAUGGGCAAAGCUGCCCCUUCUGUGUUCAGUGGAGCGAGGUCAGGAGAGACCGUCUUCAACAAGGGCUCGACUCGACAAUCAGGAGUAGCAGAUGUCUGCUUCAACCAUCAUUGGACAGCUGGUUUCAGACUGAGAUACACCAUUGGGCUUUAGGUCAGUUUUCAAUCCCGCUGUACUUCUGCCAACUUCAUUCCCACUGAGGGAGAGACCUUUAAAGCCUAGUUUUUGGUGGCUUCAUGUUCUUUUUUUUUAAAUAAAUAAUACAAGUCACAUUUUUGCAAUCUGCACUUUUGACACUCACUUUGUGUUGAAUAAUUUUACUCCUAUUCAAUAGCGAUGGUUUUCUAUUUAUCAGUAAUUGGCAUCUCUGAAUGACUGGUUAAUGAAACUGUGUGCUGUUUCUCACACCACUUUUAACUAAUUGUUUUUGGGGUGCAGAGUUUAAACGGCAGGCAUAGAAAAGCAAGAAUGCUUCACUCAGAAUGGAGAAACAGUGAUCUUUAGAGAUUUUUCUUCAGCAUGUCAAAAAUUCACCUUCAUUACACUCUGGUCUGCACAACUGUAUGCCUGAGCUGUGACAGUCUGUCAAAAUAUAAAAACUAGGACAAGAGUGUAACUCCUGUACUAUCAUCAAUAAAACCCUUGGAUGUAA